UAAGAAGAGCCAUCUAACCUCAAAUAAACAUUGAAGUUUUUGGAAUGUUAUAUAUUAAUAUACCUAUCUACUACUAAUAGUAAUUAAUAUGUAUUCCUUGGUAGUUUCGAUAUUCAUAAUUUGUAUAAAAAUAUUAAAAGUGACGUGUGAAUCAUCAGAUUGCUUAACGUUAAAAACUUCAAUAACUCAAAAAAUUGAACAUGAAGGUUUUCAUAGGGAAAUUUGGUGGCUGUUGGAAACAUCCGAACCUAGCACAGACGUUUGGUUAAAUUCAGAAUGUAAACUCAUUCUUCGCUUAGAUGUUACUAGUGGUAUGUUUAUAAAUCCAGAUGAAAUUGGAGAAUUGAGAAGAAUGGGAGAAUUGUGUGCACUUAUAGUUGGCCAAAUAGAUAUAGAAGCAGCUGCUCAUGAAGCAAACGAACAUGUGUUAUAUAUAUUUUUGAAUAAUUCAAUGAUUGAUAAAAUGCAAGUUUUUGUACCAUUCCAUCUUCGAUAUCAAAGAGCUCAAAUUGCAGGUGAUUAUGGUAAAGUGGGUUUUCGAAAUCCUAGUUUACUUACUAGGUGCCCCAAAGGCUUAAAUCAAAUUUGUAAUAAAGGUCUCAAGGUUGAAGCUCCCUGUGAUGAAAACAAUAAUGAAUUAUGUAUAUGGAGAAAUGUUUCUUAUUCUUCUUACUUUGAUAAUGUAGAACUGUUUGUUCCAGUAGGAGAUUUAGACCAUUAUCCUCUAGUAUCGAUAGUUACUCUACUUUUAGGCUGUGCUGGUUGCAUUUACAUUUUAAGUGUGUUAUCAAGCUCUCAUUUAUAAGAAAACUCUAGCAAUUUCAAAUAAGCAAGAAGUAUAAUAGCUUCUUACUUAAACGAGUAGCUGAAGAAGAGAUUAACUGGUGGUAUGAAAUAACUAAUGAUGAACAAUGUUAUUAUUGAAGAAGUUAUAUAACAUUAUGAUAUAACUAAAGAUCUGAAAUACAAUUUGCAACAAGACAUAAUUUUCUUCUUACUUAAGUUGGAAAAGUAUUUUGAAGCUGAAUCAUCUAUUGAAUAAAGCCCAACAAAGUAUAGACUUGUAAAAUUGUAUAAUUUAAGAGCUUGAAAUAAAAGUCUCAACACUUCAA